CGAUGCGAGUGAGAGGCGGGCGCACGACCGACGCUUGCGCCGACUGCACGACACCGCGCAACGCGACGCCGCGCGCGCAACACCCUGUGCUUCCCUGCACCAACACCUACCCACAUUACAGUGAUCAGUGAUAAACCUUUGUGCUAGUGCUGUGUUCAACUCCCUACGUGAGUGCAAACGGAGAUUGUGAGAAUUUUUCUCGUUAUUUGACACACAUAUGACGUGAAUAACGGUGCGGGGAUCCGACGCUCGAUCGACUCGCUAAAAUCGAAUAAGUGUUAGUGUAUCUUAAAAGCAGUGUGCCGGAAUUUUAACGGACUUGCCUAAGCAGAGAUCGUGGUACGCGGUUUGCGGAGCUUCGCUGUAUUUAAGAGCGAUGUCGCGGUGGAAGGGUAUACUGAGGUAGCCGGCAGAUGGCAGCAGUCAGCGCGGCGAUGUUCCGACCCGGGGGCGGUCUCGACCCCUCCUGCUAUGCGACGCAACGGAUAUACGACACGACAGAAAAUACACGGCCGAAGAAAUGGUCGUCGAAGUUAAAGUUGAACACAUCAGGAAGCUCGAAGACAUCAGAAAAGUCUCCAGAAAGCCCGUACAUGUACGGAACCAUCAGUGGGCCGGGUGGAUCAGCUCUGUCCAAAUCAAUGAAGUAUGCUGAGACCUGGCUCUACGGGUCCGUCAGGACCCAAACCCCACCUAUGCGACCUAGCGUCUUCUCUGCUUACCCAGAAGUCUCUGGUCCUGUUCUCAUAAGCACGCCACAAAAACCUACACCACACAACUAUGCUGUCAUACUAUGUUCCUGUCCUGAGUACCUGAACGGUACAAAGAAAACCAGCUCAACCAAAGUCAGUAUUUGUAAGAAAUGCAAGGGAUCUCGUUUGCCAUUAACUAUAGCUGAUAGCCCGCAAUUAUUAGUCGGGGGUACCGUAAGAGGUCAUCAGGUGAGCCGCGAAUCUGGUUUGUUGAGAGCUGGGACAGUAAGAGUACAAGGAUCAAAGGCGAGACCGAGCAUACUGAAAUCUAAUGGAGAUACAGACCCUUAUGAUUUGAUGAGACGGAACAGAUUGGCACCUCCUCAUGAAGCUCGUAUAGGAAGUCAGUUCUCAACAACGAGAUUACGAGCUAAAAGUAUAAGUCCAUGCAGAGUAAAGACUAAGAAGCCCACUAGCCCAGAAACACUUCGCAAGAAUAGAAGUAAAUCUGUCAGUCGAGUUAAUGAAAUAUGGGUUGAAGAGGAUACUAACACAAACAAUGACUCAAAGAAGUCUAUUUUGUCAUGUGACAUCAAUCCUUAUGACUUAGUCAAAUCAAAUGGCACUUCAAAAUCUUUAGUUGAUGUUGAAUUUGAUGACGAUUUUGGACAUGUUUUUCAAGAAUCGAUGAAAAAUAAAAACAAAAACUCCAGUAAAUCUAAAUCAGAUUCUAGUGUGAAAGCUAUAGGUGGACAAAGAAUAAGAGUAUCUGAUGAAUCAAAAGGAAAUAAUUUAGAUGAAGUAUCAGUUUAUGAUCCCGUCGACUAUGAUCUCAAAUCCUACGAAUUAAAGUCACAAGAGGCAUCUCCGACUUUGUCAUUACCUAAUAUUAAGAAUGAAAACAAAAAAUCUGGAUCAUUGAGUAAAAAUACAAGUAAAAAAAUAUUGAAUAUCUCUACUUCAAAUCGUACUAAACAGAAAAGUGUUUCUCCCAAAAGACCACCUAGAAGAAUAAGAAAUAAUAAAACUGACGAUGAUAGCGAGAGUGAUAAUCAAAGAUUAACAGAGAGGAAUAUAAAUAGAAAAUCAGAUAACAAUCACUCUCGUAGCUCUAAGCUGAAAAAUCAAAAUACAGAUACUAUAAAAUCGAUUCUGAAAAAGCCGAGAAAUUAUGACUCGAAUGACUCAACCCCGAAAUUGGAAAUAUCUAACGAAUCUUUUGAGAAUAAGAGAGUGAAUUCGUCUUUAUUUUACCUUCCGAAACCUAAAGAUAAAGUGGCUGUCAAUUCUCAUAAUAUUCUUCAAAGAAAACGUGUACAGUUCUUGGUUGAAAAUGAAGAAACGAAAGUAAUUUAUACUGCAGAAUUUAACCUUGACCAAAAUAUUACAAAAGAAGUUCCGUUUGAAUCGCCUGUUUCAAAUAUUGAAACCGAGGAAGACGUUGUGGCUGAAGGCGACAUUGUUAGCCACAGUUUAGAUGAGUCAAGCGAGAAGUUAUCGGAACUAAUAAGCCAAACGGUAACACAAAAUGAUAGUGAGAUCUUUGACAAUUCUCAAAUAUCUAAUAGUAGUACGUUCGAGACUGUUGCUGAAGAAGUAAAUGAGUCAGUAUCAGAAGCUACGCAACAAACUGCAGACGUUGAAAUUGUGAAAAAUGUAAACAAAGAAGAUAACAACAUCCCAAGAAUACCAGUAUUACGUCGAUCAGAAUCCGAACGUAUACCACCAACAAUGGCGAUAGAUCCACCGAAGUUUCUAGACACAAUGGCGUUGCGACCCAGAAGUAAACAUGGUCACACCAGUCAAGUCUUCCUAACUUCUGUCAUAGAAAAUGAAAUAUCUGGUCCAAAUCACUACAUUCUUAGCCAACCUGAUGUGAUUCCAGAACCAACUACACCACCGACAAAAGUGCAGUACAACGAUAAUAUGGAGUCUGGUAAUCUCAGCGACAGCAGCGAUAUAACACGGACAAUUUUAACUAAUUUACGCCGUGGAAUAUCAGAGUCACCUGAGCCACCGCCUCGACUGAAGUCAAAGGAACGUACAAAAUCUAAAAAGCACAAUUAUGUCAAAACUCGAUUUGUUCGGAAUAAUUCUUCUAGCUCAACCAGUGACGAAUGGUCAGAUGCAAAUGAUUAUGAACAAAAAACUAUUUUACGUGUAAAGCAAUUUGAUUCCGAUACAGAUGAACCAAAAACUGCUUCAGGAAUUUUAAGAUCUUCAGAAAAUGAGCCAAGAAAAACUUCGAUUCAAAUAAAUGGAAACGAAUGCUACUCAACUAUGAAUGUCAGCAGUGAUACACCAAUCUAUUUAUCUUCUGUCGUUGUAAAUGAUGACUAUGGAAACACGUGCAAUACCUAUCAAACAGGCACUACUGUUACAAUAAGUGUUGGGACUCCACAAAAGGAAAUCAAAAAAUCUAAAAGUCAAAUAUACAUAGGCGCUGUACUUUCACAGCAACCUGAAAAUCAUAUGGAAGCGAAUACUUACGAAGAAUAUUAUGCGGAUAGAAACAAAGACAAUAGCUAUGGCUCCCGAGAUCAGAAUACUUCAAAUGACCUAUCUUCAAUUUUAAACGAUCCUGUCGAAGCUAUAAAACGUAACUUAAUUCCACACGUCUGUGGUAAGAAGGAUGAUAAAUUUUAUUCAGAUUGCCAUAACAACAGCGAUGUUCAACCAAAUAAUGGCAAUUUUGUUACAAAACUUUUUGAUGAUCCUUUCUUCGCUCAUCUCGCAGAUGGUUUAGAUUCAGAUUUGGUUAAAAAACUGAUAGAAAACUCAUUAAUAAAACUCCAAGAAACUAAGAAUACAGAAGGGACAGACAGCAGUGAAAUGACUAUAGAAAAGCUUAUUGAAAGUUCGUUGAAAAAUUUGAAAGAAGAGAGUGCAAAAGAAGUAGAGAAGAAAGGGGAAGUAAAGCCAAAGAACGAGAAUAGUGCCAAAGACGAUGCGUCGAAUAAACAAAAUACAAUCGACUCUUCCGUCUGCCAAGAGAAUGAAGAUAAUAGCUGCUCUGCUCCCUAUGAAAGUAUGGAGUAUGAGAGCGGUGCUAUGGGAGUUUUUUCUGAUCUCGAGCCAAUGUCGGACUGCUAUAAUGCUUCAGCGAGCGAAUUGUCCACCGAAGACGAUACGAAUUCAACGAGGUCGAAAUUUUAUCAAAUGUUGGUCGACGCCGCGUUGUGUGAUAUUGAAAUAUCUAAUAACACCGACGAUGAUCAUCAUUACGAAUCUAUUCGUUUGAACAGUGAUCCUAUAUAUGAAGAGAUUGGAGAUAUGCCACCGCCUCUACCCAUCAACCCACCUCCCAAUUCCCUAAUGAUUUUAGAUGACGAAAAACGUAGUGGAUCACGUUCAAUAUUUGAAGGUGCAUCGAAGUAUGACAUUUUGUCUUACUUAGUAGAUGCUAAAGAAAGAGGUAUUGAUGAUGAGGAAACAUACAUAACUAGUUAUGCUACCCACAAUGAUUCAUCAAACAUGUUAGAGGAAUCCAAAGAAAAAAGUAAUAACAGUGAAAUAAUUGACACACAUCUUAGUAGCAACACGAGUCAGUUAUCAAACGCAUCAGAUUCCAGCGAGGAUAAUUCACUAGUUAUUAACCAUGAAACUUUAGAAAAGGCUGUUGUGUGUAAAAAGACUUCGGCUGAGAUUGAAAGAAAUGACUCAGGAGUUGGCUCUGAAACAAGUAAGUCUUCAAGAAGCAGACUGCAGGGCAAAACUUCACCUUGCAGCAUGAUUACCGAUAAAGAUACUCCUAUACAUCUCUGCGAAGAUUGUGACACUGCCGUGGAAACUCAAUUAACAGAGCAAGGUUCAUUAUACGCUCCACUAGUAUGCAGAAAGUGUGCCAAGAAACGAGCAGAGAGGAAGGAAAUAAUAACAGAAAUUGUAGAGACUGAAGAAAAAUAUGGCAGGGAUUUGCAAAUCAUCCUUGAAGAGUUUUAUAAACCGAUGUUAGUAGCUGGCCUACUCAACCAAGAACAGCUCAGCGCUAUAUUCCUGAAUGUUGAAGAGCUGAUUGAAAAUAACCAAGUUUUAUCUGAGAAGUUACGAGAUGGACUUGAAAUUGCUGUGGAACAAGGAGACGAGGAUCUUUUAACUGUAAACGUUGGGAAGAUCCUGCUGGAGUGUUCAGGCAUGCUGACAGCGUUCCAGUCGUACUGCGUGAAGCAAGCUGGUGCUGCCCUCCUCCUGGCUGGUCUCGAGAAGGAGAAGGAACUCCUGAGGAUAUUCUUGCGCGUCUCGCAGAUGGAAAACACCGUCUUGAGGAGGAUGAAUCUAAACUCAUUUCUCAUGGUGCCAGUACAACGCGUGACAAAAUAUCCCCUCCUUCUCUCUCGGCUAUAUCGCGCCACUGCCGCGUGCGCAACUGAACGGGACGACGUAAAGUCGGCCCAGCGUUGCGUAGAAUGCCGACUUGAAGAAAUCAACGCGGCAGCUGCAGCCGCUGCCGCCGCGGCAAGAGACGUACCUCUGUGGAGACGACUUGCAGCCGCUCGAAGAACUGCACACGAUCUCCAUGUGGCUGAUAUCAAGCUGAGGAAAAUGGCUGUCGAUGUACUUGAUUGGAACCAUGAUGACGCCAGGUUCGCAAUGGAGGGUAAGCUGCUGUUCACUCAGCCCAACGACAACAACUGGCGGAAAGGACGCACCAUCAAGUUGACGCCAAUCAACGCUCUUUUGGUAACUAACGGAAAGCCAACGAUCACCCACAAAACGAACGAGAUCCGAGAGACGCGGGAAGCGAGAGACAGAGAAGCAAGAGAGAAAGAGGGAGAAGCACUGUUCGCGCGCAGUGGAGUAAGAGAAGCAGCUCUCUUGUUGGUCAGAGAGAAAGCGGGAAGAUACACGCUGCAGAGAGAGCCACUAUUCCUCGACCGCUGUGUGGUGGCUGCUGAUCACGAGCCCGAACACUUCUUCGAAGUACACGAAAUUACUACGAAGGAUUCUUAUAUUUUUAAGGCGGAAGAAAACACGCGCACGCGCACUUGGUACCGGCAGCUGCAGUACCACGCGCAAGGCGCCGGCGCCUGGCGCAAGCGACGCAACGCGCUCGCCAACAUCAUGAUCAAUCCUAUGUUGACCAGGAAUUGAUCACAACAGGGCCUGUUGAACAGGGAAACCCGUGGAUAACAACAUGACUAGCGGAGGUGCCAUAACGGAAGAUCGCCUAAGAAAGCUGUUGUCAGUGCAGCUCCUUCCAUUUAUGCCGACUCUUGAAAUUCCUUACACGUCACAACCUUCACUUUCUCUUUAAUUUCUUGAUGUAGCAAUACCUUGACGACCCCUCCCUCUCUUUUCUUCGACCUUCCCUUCCACGAUGUUUUAGAUAAAAUGCUUGAGAGAGUAGUUAGGGCCAGGCCACAACAGUGCGUUGCGGCGUCGCAUCGCAAAAAUCAACGACGCAUAUCAUAUUAAUCGCAUAGCUGUGCAAUGUUGUUUUUGCGAUGCGACGCCGCAACGCACUGUUGUGGCCUGGCCCUUAGACGUUACUGUUUUCGAUCUUAUACGCCUUCUUUGGAUCCGUCUAUUUGCGUAAUAUCAAAAAUCGUUGACAGAUGUCUAAAAACCCCAACACCUCGAUAGUUCUCUCGUAACUGAUCUGUUUGGUCGUGCUCACCGUACAUGCUCAUUUGACGUAAAAGAAGACACUUGACCUACCGGUAUUAUGGCAUCUCCGCUCAUCAUUCCUUGCUCCAUGGGGAUACCGAAUGUUUUGUGCUAUUGACAUCUGUCAUGUUUUUACUGACAGCAUCUGUCAACUGCAUCAAAAAUGUCCAGACUGUACUGAUAUGUUUUGGAACGAUAGCAAUAUGAGGGUUACGUAAAAUGGAAUGUGAUGUCAUAUUUUAGAGGUGGGAUGUAUCGAUAUGAUUUUGAUUGUCUCUUCAGCUUAUACUAAUUUUCUUUAAAUAUUUUUCAAUGAUUUAUCCUUAAUUCUUUUUGUUUUCUUUUUUGUAACUAUAUGCUAUUUCAAGAUCAUAUAGGUUGCGUAAACAAGAUAUUUGCAAUUAUAGGGCUUGUAAAGAUCUAAUAGGAUUGCUGUAUUAUUUAUUAACAAUGUGAAAUAAAUGACACUAUGGGUGUUAAGUCUGGUUUUUGAAUGUCAAACCCUCUAAAAGAUAUUUUGUUAUGAAUGAUUACUGAAAAAUAAUAUUGUUAAAUGAAAGAGAAUAACGAAAUGCGUGCAUUUUAAAAUAAACUUAAUAAUAAUAGAAAUAUAGUUAAACAUUCCUGGUAUUUGUUUUUAUUUUGUUUAAUUGUAAAUAUCCAACAACAGUUUGCCACUAGUUUUAAUAUUAGCUUUACACCAAAAUUUAGAUGUUUUAACAUUUUAUGUGCCCUAUAACGAACUAUUGUAUUAACAAAACCAUAACAUAGGACGUAUUGUAUAUAAUUUAAUUUUAAUAGCUGUGAUAUCCUGUCGAAGAAAAAUGAAAAAAAAAACUUAAUAAAAAAAGCUUUGUAAUCGUUCGGAAACCUUGUAAUUAUUAUAAUUUUAACAUUAACCAUUGUUCAAAAAAUAUAAUAACAUUAAUUACUUCCUGACUAGUCUUAAGGGAAAUUGUGUGUAAUAUUAUUAAAUAUUUAUAAGAUAAAAAUAUACAUAUUGCGUUGUAUUUAUUGUAUGUAAUAGAUUAAAUAGAUAUAGUUUUAAAAUUAAAUAGUUAUAGACAAAAGUGUUUCGCCUUGGGAAUAUAUUGUAUCUGUUAUAUCAUUAGAGAAGACAGGAAAUAAAUAAAUUAAUGAAUA